AUGUCACAACCUUGCGAAGGCUGUACCUGCGGCAGGGCUCAAGAAGCUUUAGCCGCUACCUCUGGUUCUGGUCCUCGACAACUUCGUUCUUUCACUUCCCCCGCAGAGGCCGACCCUAAUGCUACCGAGGGUAUAGAGCCAGCUGUGCCUCUGAGGUCGAAGAAAUGGUUCAAUGAUCCUACGGAUCUUGAACUUGCAAAAAGGGUCAGAGAUGGUAUUAUUGCUGCCGGUGGUACACCCCUGGAAUUCCCUUGUCAUCCUAUUCAAGAGACUGGCAAAAGACCUACAGCAAGUCUUGAUCGAAAUUUGUCGUACCUAUCGCUAGUAGAAGUACUGUUCGGAUACCCUUUGGAUGGUGUGGUGCUCUUGACAGGAUGUGAUAAGACUACCCCAGCUUUACUUAUGGCUGCCGCUACCGUUAACAUUCCCGCCAUUGCUAUGAAUGUCGGCCCGAUGUUGAAUGGAUACAGUGGUCAGAAGUUGAUAGGAUCCGGAGGAGUUGUUUGGGAGAGCAGAGCCCAAUUAGCUGCUGGGGAGAUCACCGAAGCAGAAUUCCUGCAUCACGUAGCGUUGUCGGCUCCUAGUGCGGGACACUGCAACACGAUUGGUACUGCGUCUACCAUGAACGCCAUGGCUGAAGCUUUGGGUAUGGCUUUACCAGGAAGUGCAUCCAUUCCAGCGGUAUACAGAGAAAGAGGUGCCUGUGCCUAUGCAACUGGUCUCCGAAUCGUUCAGCUGGUCCGAGAAGAUGUCAAACCUUCGGAUAUCAUGACAAAAGAGGCUUUCGAAAAUGCGAUUGCCUGUUGCGCCGCUAUUGGAGGCUCAACCAAUGCCCCUAUCCACUUGAAUGCCAUAGCUAAACACGUGGGAGUACAGUUAGAUUCCGAUGAUUGGGAAAGAGUAGGGUACAAGCUACCUCUGAUUUUGAAUGUACAACCUGCCGGACAGUGGCUGUGCGAAGAAUAUCAUAGAGCUGGUGGUUUACCAGCCAUCGUGGCCGAACUGCUCGAGCAUGACGCACUACCCCAUCCCUCCGCUCUUACAGUGUCUGGUAAAUCCAUCGGCGCCAAUUGCCGAGGUGAUUUAUCCCAAGAUCGACGAGUGAUCGUGCCAUUCGACAAACCCCUAAUGGCAGAAGCCGGAUUUUUACAUCUCAAAGGAAGCUUGUUCAACAGUGGUAUCAUGAAGACCUCCGUUAUCUCCAAGGCAUUCCGAGAACAGUACUUAUCUAACCCCAAUGAUCCGAUGGCUUUCGAAGGUCCGGUAGCUGUGUUUGACGGACCAGAAGAUUACCAUCACCGAAUUGAAAAAUCACCCAAUAUUGGUCCAGGUACAAUCCUCAUCAUGAGAGGAGCAGGUCCGGUAGGGUACCCUGGAGCGGCCGAAGUGGUCAAUAUGAUCCCACCAGGUGAAUUGAUCAAGAAAGGAAUCGAAUUACCUUGUAUCGGUGACGGUCGACAGAGCGGUACGAGUGGAAGUCCAUCUAUUCUGAAUGCUAGUCCCGAAGCAGCAACUGGUGGUAUGUUAGGCUACCUGAAAGAUGGGGAUAGAGUUAGAAUUGAUUUACUCAAGCGGACUGCGGAUGUUCUGCUGAGCGAAUCUGAGAUCGAAGAGAGAAAGAACGAAGUGGGUUCAUAUCAGUUCCCCAAGAGUCAAACACCUUGGCAAGAGAUUUAUAGAGGAUCAGUAUCGGAGUUGAGUGAAGGUAUGGUAAUCAAGAGCGCAGUCAAGUAUCAACGUCUGGCUCAAACUCAAGGUAUCCCAAGACAGAAUCAUUAG